AUGAUCGCCAAAGAAACUGGAGAUAGGGCAGGAGAAGGAAUAGCCUAUGGCAAUCUUGGUACAGUCUAUCUCAAUCUUGGACAGUUCCAAAAAGCCAUUGAGUACAUUGAAUGUCAUAUUAAAAGUUCCAAAGAAGUUGGUGACAGGACAGGAGAGGGAACAGCGUAUGGUAAUCUUGGCAUCGCCUAUCGCAGUCUUGGAGAAUUUCCAAAAGCCAUACACUUCAUUAAGCAACAACUAAAGAUUGCCAAAGAAGUUGGAGACAGACCAGGAGAAGGAAACGCUUAUGGUAAUCUUGGAAACGUUUAUACUGGUCUCGGUGAUUUCAGGGGAGCGGCUGAGUGCCAUGAACGACAUCUUAAGAUUGCCAAAGAAGUCGGGGACAGGUUAGGGGAAGGAAAAGCGUAUGGUAAUCUUAGCAUCGCCUAUCGUAGUCUCGGAGAAAUCCAGAAAGCUAUCGACUAUAGUGUACAAGAUCUAAAGAUCGCUAAACAAGUAGGAGCCAGAGCAGGAGAAGCUAUAGCAUGCAGUAUUCUUGGCAACGCCUAUCGCACCAUUGGGGAAUUUCAAAAAGCUAUAGAAUACCAUGAACAAGAUCUUAUGAUUGCCAUAGAAGUCGGCGACAGAGCAGGAGAAGGAAAAGCGUGUAGUAACCUUGGCAACUGCUAUACCAGUCUUGGAGAAUACCAAAAAGCCAUAGAAUACCAUGAACGUGGUGUUAAGAUUGAGAAAGAAGUCGGAGACAGGGCAGGAGAAGGAAUUAGUUAUGGAAAUCUUGGCAACGCCUACAAAGGUACUGGAAACCUCCAAAAAGCAAUAAACCAUUAUGAAAUGUAUCUUAAGAUUGCCAAAGAAAUCGGAGAUAGGUCAGGAGAAGGAACAGCGUACGGUUGUCUUGGCAACGCCUAUGAUGAUAUUGGAGACUUCCAGAAAGCCAUCGACUUCUACGAACAACAUCUCAAGAUUGCAAAAGCGGUCGGAGACAGGAUACAAGAAGGAAAAGUGUAUAGUAAUAUUGGCAGCGUCUAUGACAGUCUUGACGAGUUGGAAGAAGCCAUUCAUUACUAUGAAAACAGUGUCAAAACGUUCAACCACAUCAGGAGUAACCUUAUAUCUAAUGAUGAGUGGAAGAUAAGCCUACGCAAUACGUACGAUGAAGCUCAUUCGAAGCUAUGGCGGCUGCUGUUAAAGCAAGGCAAAGUUGUCGAGGCACUUUUAACCGCUGAUCAGGGCCGCGCACAAGCCUUGAAUGAUCUUCUUGAAAUCAAGUACGGACUUAAAGGAUCACGUCGAGAAAUAGGAACACUGACUGCAACUACCCCUGACGUCCUUAAUUAUCUGCCAUCAAAUACAAUUUUCAUCGGAAUCAACGAGGAAGGAAUAAUUUUUUGGGUGAACGAAAGAGGAAAAGAAGUCAGGUCUAGAAGAAGGCAGAUUGAUGCUCCCGUCACGAAUUAUCUUCUUUCUCUGUUGGAGACAACACAAGAGAAAAUUGGUGUGAAUGAUGAUGUUUAUUGUGAAGAUGUUUAUUGUGCUCCCGUCACGAGUUAUCUUCUUUCUCUGUUGGAGACAACACAAGAGAAAAUUGGUGUGAAUGUUGAUGUUUAUUGUGAAGAUCGCUCAUUAAGGAACCCGAGAGAUGAACAGCGAGCAGAAGAAAGAGUUACCAGACCAAGAUCUCAUCCCUCGAGUCUUGAGACAAAUCCGUUACAAACAUUAUACAAUAUUUUUAUAGACCCUAUCAGAGACCUACUACAGGGAGAUGAAGUUGUGCUCGUUCCUGAAGGCCCUAUGUUUUUGGCACCUUUUGCUGCUUUUAUGGACCGAGAUUCAAAGUACCUUUGCGAAUCAUUCAGAAUCCGACUGCUUCCCUCCCUUUCUAGUCUGCAAUUAAUCUCAAAUUGCCCAGACGACUGGCACAGUGCGACUGAUGCUCUUCUCGUCGGCGAUCCGUGGGUAGAGGAAGUAGGUCGAGAUCAGUUGGAGUGGGCUGAGAAGGAAGUGAAGAUGAUUGGGGAAAUUCUUCAAACUGAGCCUCUUAUCGGAAAACAGGCAACAAAAGAUGAAGUUUUAAGACGCAUCUCCUCGGUUGAAUUGGUGCACAUUGCCGCUCACGGUCAAAUGGACACAGGAGAAAUUGCCUUGGCCCCCAACUUGGCACGAUCAUCCUCGAUUCCCGUCAGAGAGGACUAUGUCUUAACUAUGAAGGAUGUUUUAAAGGCGCAGAUUAGCGCAAGACUUGUUGUGCUUAGUUGCUGUCAUAGUGCUCAUGGAGAGGUCAAGGCUGAGGGCGUGGUUGGAAUCGCGAGGGCGUUUUUGGGUGCUGGUGCUCGUUCUGUUCUGGUAUCCCUGUGGGCGAUUGACGACGAGGCUACUAUGGAGUUCAUGAAACAUUUCUACCGACAACUUGUCAAUGGAAGGAGGGCUGGUGAGGCCUUGAAUGAAGCCAUGAAAUCCUUGAGAGAAUCUAACCGCUUUAGCAGAGUGAAGUAUUGGGCGCCGUUUGUUCUUAUUGGCGAUGACGUAACGCUCGAGUUUUAG